CCGGAAGUAACUUAUUAAGUAAAAUAGUAUAAAUAUGAUAAGGAAUAAUAAUUAAAUCAUUCGGAGAUAAUGAAACUUUGUAACAUCAGUAUUAUUGACAUUAUCAGUAUUUUUGUAUAUUUUAAUAUUUUACAAUUUACAUCAUGUUAUUAUUCUGUCAAAGAGGACAAAGAAUUGAGUAAAUUUUUCACUGAUCUGUAUAAUGCGGAUGUAAAUGCAGUUGAAAAUGGUAAAGAUUAUCGGUUGAAUUUGCAAGGAAAACUAGCUAGAGGAAUAAAUUCUGUCGAUUUGGCAUCUAAACCGUUGUUUGAAUUUAUUAAUGAAGAGAUAUUGAGGAAGAGACCUACUUUUACAAAGUUCAUUGCAUUACUGGAUAAUUACAAUCCUCAAGUUGGUGUCACUGAAAUUGUCACAGAGCACCAUUAUAGGGAGGAAGAUGAAUUUAUCAAUGAGUUAUUAAAAACGAAAGUCAUGAAAAUGACGUAUGAUUAUCUCAUCGAAAAACGAAAGGUAUCAGGAGAUAUUACCAACUUUGGAAAAUUCUUGAAAGAUUUGUGGUUCAAGAGAUAUAAACGUAGAAGCCCAAAAGAUUCUUCUGCAUUUGAACAUGUAUUUGUUGGUGAACAUAAAAAUUUCGAUGUACUUGGAUUACAUAAUUGGAUUCAAUUUUAUCUUAAAGAAAAGAAAAAUCAAUUAAACUUUUUUGGAUGGACUAGAAGGUUUUGCAAAGAUCAACUUAUCACUGUAGCAUAUGUCAAUGAAAAUAAAUAUAAAAAGCCGAUGGGAAGUGUUUUUGUUGGAUCAUCUCCAGAAUUCGAUAUUGCUGUUUACACGGUUGCUUUUGCACUACAUCCUACAUCUGUGUUUGACGUGAAUAUCGCUGGAUGCAAAGUACGUGUAACAUGUCAUGAAUUAUCGCCUUCUGAAAUGGGUACAUGCUAUAUGGGGUGAACAAUAUAUGUAUCUGCAUAAACAUUUGUUUCCACUGACUUUAAAAGCAAUAGCAAACUAAAGCUUAUUAUGUCAUUUGAUAGAUUAGUGUUCUGAAAAUAUAUAAUUUUAUUGAAA